CAGAAACAGAGGGAAAUGUCUUGGUGGCCGCGCGGGGAAGAAGGAGAGGAGAACAUGGUCCAGGACACUGAUUCUGAUGUGGCAGAGCAGAGAGAUGGUGGCAGAGUUAAGGUGAAAUGGACACAAGAGGAGGAUGAAAAGCUUAAGGUUUUGGUUCAGAACAUGGGACCUAAUGAUUGGAAAUGUAUCGCCAGCUACAUACCAAAUCACACUGAACAUCAGUGUCAGCACCGCUGGUUCAAGGUCCUGGAUCCAGAAUUGGUAAAAGGUCCUUGGACUAAAGAGGAGGACGAGAAGGUUAUAGAGCUUGUAAAUCUUUAUGGCAACAAACAGUGGGCAAUGGUAGCCAAACAUCUGAAAGGCAGACUGGGGAAGCAGUGCAGAGAGCGCUGGCACAACCACCUCAAUCCCAAUGUGAAGAAAUCAUCGUGGACAGCUGAGGAGGAUCUCAUCAUCUACAAGGCUCACCGUCUGCUGGGAAACCGCUGGGCAGAGAUUGCCAAGCUUCUACCUGGACGAACGGACAACGCAGUGAAGAAUCACUGGAAUUCAACCAUCAAACGCAAACUGGAAAUGGGCUUCUAUGCUGGAGAGGUUUUUAAACCAGAAGAGCUUGAGGAGCUGUUGGCCCGUGUUGAUAAAGAUGCACAGGUUCCCAGCUGCUCACAGAACGAUGCAGACCAUGACUCAGAGCAGAAUACACUUCCUUCAUUGCCAGAUACGCCAGUCUUGGCCACUGCCAGAGCUACUCCCAGCGAAGCGGGGCUGUCAAAAGCUGCCCUCUCUCUGAAGGAUAACUCGGGCAUCAAGACUGAAGCAGACCCCUCAGGAGAAAUGAACAGUACUAGCUGGGUGGUAGACCCCUCCGGGUUCCUUUCCCCUGUAGGCUCAGGCCUAAAGGAAGUGCUAGACAUGGUAGAUGGGGACCUGGAUGGCUGGUGCAACCUUGCAGCCUUUGACCUCCCAGAGGAGAGUCUGAGUCCAGAGCGCCACAUGUUUCGCCUGGAGGGCAGUGCUCUGCAGGAGUUGAGUAAAGGCAGCAAAGGGGAGCUCAUCCCUAUCUCUCCUGGAGGGGUGACUCCACCCUCCAUACUGAAUCGCCGAAGCCGGAGACGCACCGCCCUGUCUCCUGAUUCCAAUAACUCCAUGACCCCCAAGAGCACACCUGUGAAAAUCCUGCCCUUUUCUCCAUCUCAGUUCCUUAACAUGUGGACCAAACUGGACACUCAUGACCUUGAGAACCCGUCCCUCACGUCCACUCCUGUGUGCAGCCAGAAAGCCAUUGUUACUACACCACUGCAGCGAGACAAGACCCCACUCACUCAGAAGGAGAACUCGGUAUUUGUUACACCGAACCACAAGUCGGAGCUGAGUACAAUUCCACGAACUCCAACGCCGUUCAAAAAUGCCAUGGAGAAGUAUGGCCCUCUGCAGCCUCUGCCUCAGACUCCAAACCUUGAGGACGAUAUAAACGAGGUCAUCCUAAAAGACGCUGGCAUUGACUUGGUUGUUGUACGCUCGACAUCACCCAAAGCAAGACGCAAAACAGUGCAUCGCCUUCCAAUGAAGAAAGUGCGGAAAUCGUUGGCUCUUGACAUCAUCGACUGUCAUGUGUCGAAACGCAAAACCAUCAAGCUUGAAGCCCAACAUAGCAUCAAGGAUGAACCUGUCAUUGGUCCUCUGAACUCCUCAUCAUUUUGCAGUAAGAGGCAUGACAGUAUUUUGGAUCAGGGCUUCCUUUUGGGACCUAGUGAUGGCGCCAUAUUUCCCAGCACAGUGUACCCAGUUCCUAUGUCAAAGGAGUGGGAGACGGUUGUAUGUGGACAAACUACAGACCAGCUCAUAAUGACAGAGAAAGCUAGACGCUACCUUCGCUCACUAAAACCACACGCACCCAACCGGGCUCUGAUUCUGUCCUGAGAUGUCUCCCACCUUUCCACCAUUAUGUUCCAUAUACAGAACGUAGUGUUGUUUUUGAUGUUUGUACCAAGCAUUUUUUUAAUGUGUGAGAAAAGAACAUGUCAUACUAUGUAAGGUUAAUACAAGCCGAUCAGUCCCUUACAGGAUGUAGCUCUGUCAGUAAUUGGAGAAAGAAUAGUGCUUUUAGAUUUAGUCUCACUCCAGUCCAAGUUUGAGAUCUCAUUUUCACUUAAAUGUGUAUGAAAAGAACAAUGAAUGUAAAAUAGGGGGGGAGGGGGGGGAUCAUGGCACCUUUGUUAUCUAAAAGACAUGGUUUUUACAUUGCAUAAUGCUUCUGUAAUUUAACAGUUUUAUAAUUGUGAAGAGUCCAAACACUCAGGUUGAAGGUCCAUAACUGCUUUUGUUGUACAACAAAAGUGUAGGUUUGAUUGUGGAGUGAAUUCAGGCAUGUUAAUCACUAAUACAUUCCAUCAAGCUCAAUCUGUGUUUUCAAGUAUUACAUGAAGACAGACCUAUCGUUAGCUCUGUUUAGCACAUGUAUUGAAUUUACGAUGUUAGCUUUGUAUAGAUUUAUGAUCAUUUCAGAGUGACUUGAGGACAUCUUAAUAACACAUCUGGUUGACUUUCUACUUCCUGGGAGAUCAACAAAGUGACAAAUACAACUGGGAAAGUUGUUUUUAUGCAAUAUUUGAUUAAUUGAGAUGCAAUGGGGGGGGGCAUGGAAGGUGUACCAGCCACUGAUGGCAAUGGUAUUGUUAUUUGGCACUGUAUGUAAAUAUUUAGUGUUGUAUGUUUUUACUUCAUACAACAUGUUAAAUGUAAAGAGACGGAAAUCUUAUUUUCCAGUACAAUUAUCAUCUGGUGAUGAUUCUACUUCUCCCCGAUAUGUAAUGCAAAGCUGUCAUUUAACUUGUGACCUAACAACACGUUCAGAUGAACUGGAUUCAUGUUUAAAACAGUUCACCUCAGUGUAACACAGUUGUGUUGUAGAAUUUACCACUUGAACCAAGAAAAUGAAAGUGCUUUCAUGUAAAUUAUGUCUAUAUUUUUGUCAAUUUGAAUCAACAUAUGGCUUGAUUUUAUCUGUGACUGCUAAUAAAAGUACUAAAGAGUGCA